UAUCCAAACGCGAAAGUGGACAGUCGCAGUUCUUUCGUCUCCUCAGUACUGCAGGACGGACGCGAUCUGCUCUUUGCGAAAAGCUCUGAAGAGGUCGAGCUUCUUACUUCCGAAGAUACUCAAGUCUGCUCGAAUCACGCGUGAUACUUUUUGCCUUUUUUACCCUAACGAACAGUGUGCACAAACAUUCGUUCACCAAUUGACCAGGCUAUUUUCGACAUCCAAACGCGAAAUAAUUUCGACUCCAUUCUCGGGGUUUCUUUUGUUGAUUUAUGGUAAAGUUCGUUGUGGAAUAAGGUGACGAGUUUAAUUGGUGCGAAUUAAUCGAGAUAAUUAUCCAGAUUAGAUUUGGUACUUAUAAAUUACGGUUGGUGAGGAAAGUCGAAGGUUCCUCUCAUUCGGACGGACGAGCAUUUUUUGCAAGGGAGAAACUUUUUUCGCUGAAAUAAAAUCAUCUCUCCGUAAUGGCAUCCGAGGGCUUGGCCAACGAGCUAUUGUCAGAUUUAAUGCCGACUGUUCAGGAGAUGAGUCGGUCCAUGCAAAACUUUGGGUUUCCCGACUAUGCGAUAUUCAUCACGAUGCUGGUCUCGUGCGGUGCCGUCGGGGUCUAUUUCGGAUUCAUCAAAAAGUCAUCGGGCGAAGACGAGUACCUUGUCGGUGGGAGGAAUAUGAGCACAUUUCCGGUCAGCCUCAGCUUGAUAGCCAGUUUUAUAUCCGGCAUUUCACUCCUCGGAACCCCCACCGAGGUCUACGUUUACGGUGUUACUUACCUCUUUGUUGGCGGCGGCGUCGUCCUCAUGGGUAUCGUAAUGACCACCGUUUACCUACCAGUUUUUCACGACCUCAAACUGACCAGCACCUACGAGUACCUUGAAAGACGUUUCGACAAGAAGACCAGACUCUUCGGGUCGGUUUUAUUCACUAUUGGAAUCAUAACCUGGUUACCCAUAGUGAUCUACGUUCCAGCACUGGCUUUCAAUCAAGUUACCGGAAUAAACGUUCACGUCAUUACGCCCUUCGUGUGUAUCGUCUGCAUCUUUUACACUUGCGUGGGUGGUCUCAAAGCCGUUGUUUGGACAGACGUCAUUCAGACCGUCGUUAUGUUUGGCGCAAUACUGCUGGUCAUCGUCAAGGGUACCCUAAAUCUGGGCGGCAUGGAAGUGGUAAUCCAGAGGAACUUGGAGUCCGGAAGACUCGAGUUACCAGACACGGACUGGAACCCCCUCACCAGACACACGAUUUGGGCAUUGAUUUUUGGCGGCUUUGGUCACUGGCUCCAGACGUCCGCCGUAAAUCAGAACAUGAUCCAGCGUUAUCUCUCGCUGCCAACGCUCGUCGCAGCAAAACGGGCUGUCUGGAUCUUCAUCUUUGGCGCCCUCAGUCUGGUAGGUGCCUGUGGCUACGCCGGCAUGCUCAUCUACGCCACUUACCACGAAUGCGAUCCUCUCACAACAAAGCUCGCUCGAGCCAAAGAUCAGCUGCUUCCCUUAUUGGUGAUGGAUAUCCUCGGCGAUUAUCCUGGACUACCUGGCUUAUUUGUCGCCGGAGUAUUCAGCGCUGCUCUCAGCUCACUGUCGACGGGUCUGAAUUCGAUGGCCGCCGUGGUGAUAGAGGAUUUCAUAAAACCAUUUCGGAAGAAUGCGUUCAGUCCUAAAGUCGCUGACCUUCUGAUGAAAUUGACCGUUGUUACUCUUGGAACUCUUUGUGCCGGACUUGUGUUCGUCGUUGAAAGAAUGGGCACCCACGUUCUUCAGUUGUCCAUGAGCCUGGGCUCGAUUACUAACGGACCGUCUCUAGGAAUCUUCACAAUGGGUAUCCUCUUUCCGUGGAUAAAUUCAAUGGGAGCUUUGAUCGGCGGUGCCUCUGGUCUGGGUGUAAUGGCGUGGCUGAGCAUCACGGCACAGGCUGCCAUUUCGUCCGGUCAUUUGAGGUUCGAUGAGAAGCCCGUAAGCACGGAGGGCUGCACCUACACCUUCCCAAAAGUGGAGAACCUGCUUUUGUUCUCACCACCGAACGCCGUCUUGAAUGGAACAGACGAAGUCAUUGUCUCAGAGCCAUGGGCGCUGUAUCGUCUGAGUUACCUCUGGUACACGUUGGCGGGUGCGCUCGUCUCGAUGAGCGUCGGUUUGUUGGUGAGUAUUGUGUCUUCUCAAGACACAAAGAAACUGGACCCGUUGCUAGUCGCUCCGUUCGUCAGGCGAUACCUGAAAGCUCGUACACACAACGUUGAUGAGGAAAAUAUGCAUCGCAUGAUCAGCACUAGUCAGUCUGCUGAGGAGGUCCCGGCAAAACAUUGAAGUUACAUUGCAGAUGGUACGGUACUGUAUUGCUACAUACCUGGCUCCCUGAUUAUUGCUAGAACUAAAUUUCUCGGUUUGCAGUAAAAUUUUCUACCCACGCCCGUAAGGUUGACUGUAAUUUUAGAUAUUGCAACGGUAGCACAAGAUAGCACUAUUUUUCGGUUGAUUCUGCAAUAUUUACUGUGGGUCAGGUUCCGCUAAUAUUGUGACGCGUACUGCCGUGCCGCAGUUAUAUUUUAUUUCGGUGAUUCAAGGAGUAUUUCUGGCGCAGUUUUUCUUAGUACGUGGGAACAAUGGAUGAAUCUCGAUGAGAGCCCAUCUAUAUGUUUUAUUUGCGAAGGCAUGGAAUUCUUAUCGGCACUACUUGACAGUAAUCGUUGGGUCGUAAAUUUAUAGCUAAACUGUAGACGUCUGCGAAACCAGGCACUGCCAGAAAUGAUGUUUGCAGUGCCUGUAAUAUUGAUUUGCCGGCGAUCCGAAGGAUUCGAAGCGACGGUGAUUUCAUACAUAAUAUAUCAUAUUUUAUUCUCGAUAUUCGAAAUCAAUGUGAAUUAGAUCAGAACAUACAAAUAACAUUUAUAAAUUAUAGGCAAUCUAAUUUUUAACAUAUUAAUACUGAAUUAAACUUAAAUUUAACACGAAUUACGUGCACUGCAGGCAUUCGCGGUGUUAUGAUUACUUUCAAUUAAUUUAUUUAUAGUGAAGUCAAGUCACUUUAGUCGAUCUAAAGCUGAGCUUGUUUUUCACACAGCUGCUAUUUUCAAGGUACAUUUGUUUUGCUAAAUAAAAAUAUGAUGGGUUAUCUCCAUAAGGAUGAGCUGAGCAUAAAUAAAUUGUGUUUCCACUGUUGGUAUGCACGUAAUUGUAGCUAUGUAUAAUUACUUCAAUAAUUAAAUUACUAUAGCAUUUUUAUUUUAAGGGUUAAUUUUUUAAAAGCUACAUUAUAUUAGAUUUAUUGGUCAGCACAAAAGUAAUAUACUAAUAUGCGGCCACGUAGAAUAAAUUCACCGGAAAAUGCAUUCGAAUUCAAGAGAAGAAUUAGAAAAGCUGUAAGUGGCAUUAUAGAAAAAAAAAUUUCUUCACAAAACACUAACCCUGGAACAUACAUGCUUUUUAAAUUUUUUUUUAUAUUUAAGCAAAUGGCAUUCCAGCCUGUUUUAAUUCUUCUCUCCGGUCGUUACGAGGCUACACUUGAAAAUACAUUAAUACUAAGUUAAUUGUUCUUUUCUUUUUUUGUAUUUUGUCUUUUUUUUUUUUUUUUUUUGUGAGUCUUUUCUUUUUUUCUUCUCACUUUAUUUCUUACGAUUUAGAAUUGUAGUAAAUUUAGCUAAUUUUGUUACCGAUGAACAUAGGUCAUAGCCACUUUCUUAUUAUAUACCUUUGUACUGUAAGUCAAUCUCUCACAAGCUUCGGAAAGUCAUACAUGUAAGCGGGUUUUUCUCUCUCUCUCUUUGACAAUAAUAUUUGUGUUGGAAAUUAAUUAUUUAAGUUAAACGAAUUUUCCUAUUACGUGUACAAUUACGACUACAUGUAUGUCGUAUAUAAUAUAUAUUAAUAUAGUA